CACAGCGUACGCAUGCUCAGUUGUUCAAAGCGUUUGGUUAUGCACUGGGACUUGACUAGCUCCGUUUUCUCUAUGUGGAAGCUAAACUUCGUGCAGUUCAAACGGUAGUUAAUUUUAGUGUCGUAUGAGCCUGUUGUAGGAAUGUCUUUCUAUUUGCAAAACAAUAACAUUAUAUGUUUCUAUUAAGAUUACAAAUUGUAAAAUCCACUAAGCUAAGUGUUAGCAUGGUUGUUUUUCCUGCUAGCUCGCAAAGCAACAUUGUUCUUAAAUUGUAACCCCUUAAACUACAUUUCUCAGUUCAUUUACCAAGUAAACACUCGUUUUGCAAAGUAGCAAAUUAUUUUUAUUUUGUUUUUAUUUUCAAUCUUGGGACAACAUCGUCUGAAGUGGGGCCAUCAUAGCUAACGUCACUCCGCGGCUCCAGUGUUUUUGUACAACAAUGUGACAGCAGUCCUGCGCAAAUAGAGGAUGGACAGAGACUUGUUGCGGCAGUGUCUGACCUAUCAUGGAGAAUCUCUGUUCAACAAACUGAAAUGUGAACAAAAGGAGAACCCAGACUUCCAAGCCGUGGUGUCUGACCUGUGUAAGGCCACGUAUCAGAGGAGUGAAGACAAAAGCAACCCACUUGUGGAGCAGUUCAUUGCCAGGAAAGCAGACAUCCUGUUCAGUCCAGCAUGGAAGACUGCUACUCUUCAAGAAGAGGAGCACGAGGAGGAGGAGGCGACAGAGCCCUAUGCCAUCAUGCCACCGGUGGAGUUAUUCAUGGAGGUGUCGUAUGAGGAGAGACGGUCCAUGAUGUACAGGGACUUGGAAAGAGGAGACAUUGUGGUGGGGAGGAUUAACAAUAUUAGGGAAUACGGCUUCUUUCUGACUCUGCUCUGCAUGGCUGGAGGUCUGAAGAGAGACAUAGAGGACCUUGAGUUGUCGGCGCUGUGUCAUGUCAGAGAAAUUCCCUCCAGUGGCAGCCAUGAUGAUCCCCUGUCCUACUACCAGAUUGGGGACUUCAUCAGAGCUGGAGUGAAAGACAUUGACCGCUACCAGGAAAAGAUCACUGUGUCCCUCCAUCAGGCCUCCCUUCCUUCCAGCUUGAAGCACAUCAAACUGGGUGUCGUUACCCGCGAGGAGCUGCCCAUACACUACAGUCGUAGCGUUCGAGCAGCCAGCGAGACGUAUGAGUGUAUACUGACAAGUUGCCAUGGUUACCAGAACCCAUCUGUAGUGGACUACCUGCUGGAGAAAGUGGGAGUUAGUGACACCCACCCACCAUCAAUGAUGCGAGGACUACAGAGUAAACUUUUUCUAGAGGAGGAUUUUGCUUCUGCAAUCAGGAAGAAGCAGUCUGCACAAUGGGCCUUGAAGUGCGUCCGUGCUGGUGUGGACCACUUCAAACACGGUCGCCAUGUGGACGCCAUGAACGAAUACAACAAAGCCUUGGAAAUUGACACUAAUAAUGUGGAAGCUCUGGUGGCCCGUGGAGCUCUGUAUGCUAACAAGGGGAGCAUCAUGAAGGCUAUAACAGACUUUGAGUUGGCUUUGGAGAGCUGUCCAGAUCACCGCAACGCCAAGAAGUACCUCUGCCAGACACUGGUGGAAAGAGGAAAACAACUUGAAGAACAGGAAAAACUAGUAACAGCGGAGGGACUGUACAGGAGAGCUCUGUCUCUAGAUGAGUCAAACCCUGAGGCACAGGAGGCCCUGCACAAGAUCACUGACACAAUACAGAAAUCGAUUCGCCUCCGAGAAGAAGCGCUGGCUAAGGAGCAGGUCAAACCAAAGAGCAGCCAGACCAGCGCUGACAAAUUACGUAAGAUCUUAAAAGAGGAGAAGAGGAUGAAGAAAAAACGGAAGCGAUCAGCCUCUUCUUCUUCGUCAUCCUCCACUUCCUCUAGGAGUUCCUCUUCUUCUUCAUCCUCCUCCUCUCGCAGGAGGUCCAAAAAGAAGAAAAAGAAGCGGAGGAGGUCUGAGCGCGGAAGUAAGCGCCAUCGCAGGAUCUCCUCACGGGAGAGCAGGAGGAGCGAGGAGGGUAAGAGCGACAAAGACAGGAAAGAAAAAGAGGAGGACGAGGUGGAGUGGUAUCCCGCACCUCCCAACACGUCUGCCACCUUUCUGAACCAGAGGGGAGUCCUGGGGUUUGGAGUGAGGGAUGGGGGGGGGGCAGAGGAGAAGGACGCCGAGGAUAGAAGGAUCAGUCAGCUGUACUCUUUGUCAGCAGCUUCAGAGGAGGAAGAGUCUGAUUCCUCACGCAGAGAAAGAAAGAGAGGGGACAGAGAGGAGAGCAGGAAAAGGAAGGACAGCCUGAGCAGAGGCCCAGAAAGAGAGGAGAGGAGGAGCAGGAGCAGAGAAAAGAGGGAGAAGAGCAGGGAAAGAGGAAAGGAGGAUAACAGGAGAGACAAGAGGGACAGCGACUUCAAGAGGAGAAGUAGCGUAGACGAGAAUCGAAAAUUAUCCUCCUCGUCUGCUGAGGCGGAAUAUUCCUGGAAAUCUAGUUCCCGAUCGGAAUAUUUAGGAAACUCUGGUUCUGCUUCCAAACACCUAGAGAACAGGGCGAGACACGACUCAUCAACUAGGAGCUCCUUCGACGGUGGUAGGUAUGAGAACAGAGGGAGGCAGGAGAAUCGAGACGUAGACGAGGCAAACAGAGAGGACAGUAGAAAGUUUAGGGCUGAGGAUGAGAGCAGCUCAUCAGAUCGAGGACACGAUAGGAAAUCAGAAAGCGCUGGAAAUCAUUCUGAACAGAACAGCGUGAGGCCGAGAAAAGACGUCCCUGCUAACCUGCUGGAUAUUUUUAACCAGAUUGCCCAGUUUGAGAAAGAAAAAGGAGUAAAGCUGAAAAAAUAGCUCCAAUACAAAACCUCACAAUCCAGAAAUAAUAUGGAAACAGUAUGAAAUGGAUGUUUGUGCCAUGAAUUCACUCCCUGCACCUAAUCAAUGAGCAGAUUUGAUGCUGAAUGAAUGUCCCCAGUGGUUGUAAGCUACCGUCAGUGUUGGAGAACAUGAGUCAUUUUAUUUUGAAAAGUCCUGUUCUUUAUGGUAGAUUGAAGGCCUGCUGUAGUAACUAUUGGAAAGUAACUUGUCAAAAUGUAAUAAAAUGUGCUUCUGGAUCAGCACAGUUUUUCCUGGGCUGAUAGUGAUAUUGAUUAUUAGUAAUCAAGGAAGACCGACAACCGAUAAUUGAACACAUUGCAGUAACAAAACUUUGCAGACCAAAUUUGGAAUAACACAGACCCCAGCAGAAAACUUUAAAGAAAUGUCAUUAUUCACGUUUUACAAACACUACUGUUCUAAAGUUUGGGGCCACUUAGAAAUGUCCUUAUUUUUUUAAAUAAAAGCAUUUUUUUUCCAAUGCAGAUAGCAUUAAAUGAAUCAGAAAUCCAGUCUUGACAUUGUUAAUGUGGUAAAUGAGUAUUCUAGCAGGAAACAGCUGAUCUUUAAUGGAAUAUCUCCAUAGGGGUACAGAGGAACAUUUCCAGCAACCAUCACUCCUGUGUUUUAAUGCUACAUUGUGUUAGCUGAUGGUGAUGAAAGGCUCAUUGAUGAUUAGAAAACUCUUGUGCAGUUAUGUUAGGACAUGAAUAAAAGUGUGAGUUUUCAUGGAAAAUAUGAAAUUGUCUGAGUGACUCGAAACUUUUGAACAGUAAUGUAUACUAAAGUAAAAGAGAACUUUUAGCAUUUAUCCUUUAGGACUGAUGUCCUAUUAUUAUUAUUUAUUAUUUUUAUGGCUUCUUCCAUUUCAAAUCAUCAGGGAUCUUCUGCUCUACCAUUCCUGGUUUUAAACUUUUUUUUAAAAUCAUAAACUGAAUAUUCACCAUGAUUAGAUUGAUGCAUCAAAUAUUUCUAAUUAAGAACAACAACCUGACGUCCCACUUUCAGCAUAUUUUUUUCCCCAUGCAUUGAAAUGUUUGGAUGUCAGUAUCUUAGGAACUAUUAAAGAUAACAGCCUGAAAUUUCCAUUUCCAUCUUGUCCCUGACUCAGAAUCUGCUUUCUUGGAACAUUACAUCAAAUAAUCUGUGAUUGUGGGUGUGUUGAAAUAUUAAAACAAAAAAUAAAAACAUCACAAAAUCAUCUUUGAGUGCACAUUGGCAAAAAAACAAAAAAAAAUGCUACAGAUGCCAGCUAGUGAUAUUUUCUGUGGUUGUGUCGUAGUAAUGCAAAUAAAGGCACAUCAUUUCUAUCCUUUUUAGUUUGAGACAUUGUUCUUCAAACAUCACAACACGGGCAUCAGAAGGGGAGUCGAUGUGCAAUCUUUGAACAAAUCGCGUCUCUGAAAGUAUCUUAUGUAUUAAGGAGACAUUUUACAGAUAUCUUUAUAAAUAUCCAUAUUUUAUUCUCUAAAAAUUUCAGGCAAAUCAGACGGUGGAGCAGAAAUUGUCCUAAAAUUUGAUGAUUUGAGGUGAUGACCUUUAAAAAAACAAUACCAUAAUCCAAAUGCUGAAUAUCGGAUCCAGUUAUUGCCUAUCCUGUUAAUCUGUCUUUACUUUUAACUGAUUUAAUGUCAUUGUAUUGAUGUAAACUAAGAAUUUCAGCAAUUAAAGAUAGUAGUUUUUACAUCAUUUCUUUAAGAUGGGGUCAUUUUGUGUCCAUUUCGACAGGUUGUUCCAUUAUUUUACACUGCAGGCUUUAUUAUUACCUCCUGUGAUGUUCAGUUGAGACGUUUUGGUGUUAAAGAUGAUGACUGCCUUAUGUUUACUACCGUGUGCCAUGUCGUGCGUUCUUUAUAUGACCUGUGAAAGCUCUUCCCAGACAACCUGACUGUUAGCGCUGCAGUUCUUUUUGCAGCUUUACACAACAAACUGUCCCCGCUGUAUUCUGACACAUUUUCUCAUGUCGUGAAAUAAAUCCACUCAAUAAAGCAUUCAAAAUAUCAAAUCUUAA